CCGCACCAGUCUCAGCCUCUCGUCGUCCCUGUCGGACCUGGUCGGAAGCCCCUCGCUGCCCAGCUCGGCAGCGGUAGCAGCCGCCGCCUUCGAAGUCAGUUCCGAAGCGGUGCUCACCAUUGAGGACCUGCGGGCCCAGCUUGGCUCGUGCUUUACCUGCGGCGUAAUGUGGACCGACCAGCAAGUGUCCCUGGAUUGCUCCGAGUGCGGCGGUUACAGCCUGGAACGACCCUGCAUGCUGUGCGACGGGCUGUGCGGGCAGCUGUGGAAGCGCGAUUUCACCAUGAGUCACGCCUGCGGUAAGGCACGCUGGCAAGGCGUCUGUACCAAGUUCCCCCCGGCGGCCCAGAUGAUCCAGCUGCAGUCAUCGGCACCCCUCAGCAGCUGUGCCAGCUUCAGCAGUCACAGCCAGCUGAUGCAAACGGCGGCCCCAUCCGGCUGCCACCAGAACGUCAGCCAGCAGUUCCUGCAGCAGGAACUGUGUGCCCGACUGGAGAAACUCUCCGCGACGGCCCACAAUUGAGACCCUCGUCCGUCGGUGGCCGUCACGGAAGUCUUCCUCUUAAGAAACCGCUCGCGGAACGCUAGUGUAAGAGAUUUGAUUGUCGUUUUCUUUCGUAACUGUACAUUGAACGAUUUCCAACUUAGCUACUACAGGUAUACACUAUGAUAUAGGGCUCUUAAUCCGCGCCGUGUUAUACGGUUCACGGAUAAAACACGUUUCGGUUCUAGCAAUUAAAUAAGUUCCUAUUAAGUUGAGUCACACAAUUUAGAACCGAUUCUAAGCAAACUGUUCAAAUUAAAAAACCAACCAUAGAACCGGAGACAGAAACUGUUCUUAUGUUGCAUUUACAGACUGGGAUAAAAUCAGCAAGUUAGAAUUGUGCAUCUUCAUCAAACUUAAAUGAAAGACUUCAAUAAAUGGAAGGUCCUCAACCGUAGAACACAGAUCUGACGAUGAAGAUGAAGUUCACUCAACUGUUUCCCCACAGUUUCGACGAUCGCAUCUGCUUGUAUUUAUUUUGCACAUGUGAGAACAAAGAGCAAAAGGUCUUUAUAUUUAUUAAAACUCCCCCUUUUUCAAGAACGGUUUCCUACAAAAGAAAAUCAAAACAAUAGAACCGAGGAAAGUUACAGUAGUCUAAAGUUAGUCAUGUGUCGUCUAUAUACGAGCUAGAAAUUGUAUGUUUUUCUAUGAAAAACAUUUACCGUGUAGCUGUUAGUGGUUAGCGCUAAAAUCAUGGCUAAUAUUACUAGAACGAUAAUGUGGACAGAUUUUGGCAUUAGAAAGUAAGGCAUUUUUUUUUCGUAUUAUGUUCAAUCAUUGUGGUCUUACAAUUUAUUUUUUCUUAUACGUUAAAUUUAUACAUUAAAUGAGUAUGUAGAAUUGCAUUAUUUAAUAAAACUAUUAAAAACAAACCAAGA